UUACUAAUCUAGACUAAUUCCAUGAUUAGACCUACUACUAACUACUAGUCUAUAUUUAUAUUAUAUCUUAUUAUUAGAUCUAGACUAAAAUCUAUAAGUUCAUAUAGAUAAAUGUGUAGAUUAGCGGAUUUAUAAAAAAAAACGACUUUAAUUAACAACAACAAGCCUUUGAAUAGUUUGAAAUUGACUAAAUUCUAAAUUGUUACACUACUUUAUACUAGAUCUACAUCUAGGCAUUACUACUUACACUUUCAAACUUUUACUUUGUAAGUCACAGUGAAUUCUAAACAUCAUAAUGUUUGCUCAAGUAGGCAUUCAACAAAACUCUGCUCCAAAUCAAGCAAAUAAUCCAGGUUUAUAUGAGGAAGUUAAAUUAUACAGGACAGCACGAGAGAGAGAAAAAUAUGACAACAUGGCAGAUCUCUAUGCUGUGAUCAACACAUUGCAAAGUCUAGAGAAGGCUUAUAUCAGAGAUGCUGUACUUGCCAAAGAGUACACUGCAACAUGUUCAAAACUUUUGGUCCAGUAUAAAGCAGCAUUCAAACAAGUUCAGAGUGAUUUCCCAACUAUUGAAGAGUUCAUGAAAAAAUACAGGCUAGAUUGCCCUGCUGCUCUAGAAAGGAUAAAGGAGGACAGGCCUAUUACUAUCAAGGAUGACAAAGGCAACACUAGCAAAUGUAUUGCAGACAUUGUAUCUCUAUUUAUCACAAUAAUGGACAAACUAAGGCUAGAGAUUCGUGCUAUGGAUGAGAUCCAGCCUGACCUACGAGAGUUGUCUGAGACUAUGACCAGGUUAAGUCUUCUACCUGCUGACUUUGAAGGCAAACAAAGAGUGAAAAAAUGGUUAGACACGUUGGGAAAUAUGCAAGCUUCAGAAGAAUUAGAUGAUGGUCAAGUUCGACAGAUGCUUUUUGAUCUGGAUGCAGCAUACAAUGAAUUUAACAGAGUUUUGCAUGAUCAUUAAAAUGAAUUUAGGAACAAGUUUUGCUUUUCUUUCCACCCCUAAAAAAAAUUGUUUACAAAUUUGCUGUAUUUAUUAUGUUAAAAAUAUAAAAAUUACUACAAUUCUAAAAAACAUUAAAUUAUGUCCAUUUUCAUUUUAAAAUAUACAUU